AUGCGAAUUCCUAAUUCGACGGAUGCGCUAAAAAGAGCUGCUGAAACCACUAUUUCGGAUGCUGACAUCCAUCUUCUCUGCUCGGGAGUUUUCUCCCGCAUCUUUGGCGAGUCAAAACGUGUGGUAGACCGCCUAGAGAGCCAGCUUGCGGCUCUGCGCUCUCUUGAGGCUGCCAUUGAUGCUGUUCGUGGCGACCCCGACGUGUCCAGUCAGAAUCUGGCCAAAUUAGACACAGUCAAAUGGCUAUACAGGCUCAGCAAUUGCUCGGGCCCCGUCGUGGCUUUCUGCUUCUCACAGCCUCAGCUGGCUGAUGUGCUCUCCAAGGGUGUAUUUAGCCCACAGGACCUUGCAGAGAGCAUUAUAACAAUCCCAGCGGCAAGCCCAAAGAUCACGAGCAGCUGCGAGGGGAGUUGGGUCCGGCUGCGCGAACAGAUUGUCACCCAGGAAGCGACCUCUGUUCUUCGUGGACUCAUCUACUCCAACGUGAUCUCGGCACCCACCGAGCAGAAGGACUUCAUCAUCUCGAUCUUAAGGGUAGCAACCCAGACCGCUAACUUUGACAUCGGAAGGCAAUCAAUCCGGAAGCUUCUGGCGACCGUGGGAGACGUGGACGAUGAAGAAUCCGGCACGGUUAAUAUCUUUACACUGGCCGGGGUACCAAAGGCGCAACGCCAGGCGGUUGCCGUGUACCUAUUUAAUCUGCAGAGGCUACAGGCACUGGUGAAUGAGCCUGAGGACAUCAACGCUUUGGUAAAGUGUGGCUUUAUCUCGGCAGAGGGAAUUACUGGAUGCGGCGGAAAUGCAGUACCUUCGAUGGUGGAGAAUGGUGUACCACAAGAGAGGGCCCAAAAAAUUUACAACCACGCCCUGUAUGUGGCAUCCCGGAGCGAGCGGCUUUGGACGCGAGCAAUCGCAGCCCGCGGAACCGGCAGCAAUAUGGAUGUUUCCCUUGCAGCUGCAGCUCCACUCGGGAGCGAACUGAGUAAUGGGAUAGAGAUUAAUCUGUCCGCCAUGUUUAAUAUGGAUAGCAUGGGCUGCGAGGAGUGUGCAUCGAUCACCGGGCCAGCAGCCUUCUUUGUCGACCUCCUGCACAAACUGGGAGGGAUCCCUAACGACAAGGACCGUAAGACAUUGCUGGACAAACUAUUUGAGCGGCGAGCCGACUUGGGGAACCUGGAGCUUUCUUGCGCGAAUACAAAAGCGCUCGUUCCGUACGUUGAUCUUGUAAACGAGGUGCUCGAGUCGGUCGUGUGGCAUCUAGCCGUCGAAGGGAAACCGUUCAUCCCACCGUUCGACGCGGACGACCAGGAGACGAGUGAGAGCUGCCUCAUGCAACCGCGAAGCACGAACGUCCAGGUGUACAGCUAG